AUGUUCUCGUACAAAUCCAUUCUUCCAAUCCGAAAAGAUUCAAACACCAAACAAGGUGUUCGAUCAAUUUACAAACUGUAUAGAAUGAGAAACCGGUCAAAAAAUUCUCCGGAUACAUCAAAGGAAACCAGUGAUGGUGUGAAGCCAGUAGACGAGACAAAGAUUAAGAAUGUAGUAGUGACUGCAAAGAGAUCACCUUAUGCAGUUCUCGCUUUGUUUAUCUUAGUCAUACACGGAAUAUGGGCAGUUCAUCAUUAUCAAUUCGAGAAUUUACCGGAGCCGCUUUCCGCCGAUCAGGUAGGGAAAAGAGGGUUUUCCGAGGAGUCGGCAAUGAAGCACGUCAAAGCAUUGACUCAAUUGGGUCCUCAUCCUGUUGGUUCUGAUGCUUUGGAGCUCGGUUUACAGUAUGUCUUAGAGGAAGCUGAGAAAAUAAAGACGACAGCUCACUGGGAAGUCGACGUCGAUGUUGAUCUUUUUCACGCAAGUUCUGGUGCUAAUAUACUCGUCAGUGGACUUUUCAAGGGGAAAACACUUGUCUAUUCAGAUCUUAAACAUGUUGUUUUAAGAAUCUCGCCAAAAUAUACAUCUGAAGAAGUAGAUAGUGCGAUUCUGGUCUCUUCCCACAUAGACACUGUCUUCUCAGCGGAAGGAGCUGGUGACUGUAGUUCUUGUGUAGCUGUUAUGUUAGAGCUUGCUCGAGGAAUCUCCCAAUGGGCUCAUGGUUUCAAGAACUCUGUUAUUUUCUUGUUUAACACUGGGGAAGAAGAAGGCUUAAAUGGAGCCCAUAGCUUUAUUACUCAGCAUCCAUGGAGUAGUAGCAUACAUAUGGCUAUAGACUUGGAAGCCAUGGGCAUCGGUGGAGCAUCUGCUAUUUUUCAGGCGGGUCCGAACCCAUGGGCAAUUGAGAACUAUGCAUUGGUAGCAAAAUACCCCUCUGGUCAAAUUCUUGCUCAGGAUCUUUUUACAUCAGGUGUCAUAAAAUCUGCUACUGAUUUUCAAGUUUACAAAGAAGUUGCUGGUCUUUCAGGUCUUGACUUUGCUUAUGCAGACAAUACAGCUGUAUAUCACACAAAGAAUGACAAGUUGAAACUUUUAAAACCGGGUUCCCUUCAGCACCUUGGAGAAAACAUGCUUGCUUUUCUUCUUCACACUGCUUCAUCUUCUCAACUCACUAAAAUGGCAUCCAAUGACAAAAGUCAACAUGAUCCCGCCAUAUAUUUUGACAUUUUGGGAACAUACAUGGUUGUAUUCAGACAAAGUUUAGCCAACAUGUUAUACAACUCAGUGAUAAUGCAAUCCAUGAUGAUAUGGGGUACAUCAGUUAUGAUGGGUGGUUCAACAUCUGCAAUCUCAUUAGCCUUAUCAUUUUUUAGCAUCCUGCUUAUGUGGAUUUUUUCUUUAAGUUUCUCAAUUGGUGUUGCCUUCAUUCUACCCUUCAUAUCAUCAUCUCCAGUUCCCUUUAUUUCAAAUCCAUGGCUAGUUGGAGGUUUAUUCCUUUCCCCUGCUUUCCUCGGGGCUUUGACCGGUCAACAUAUUGGUUAUCUUUUAUUACAAAAAUAUAUUUUCAAAAAAAUGGAGAAUCUUUCUCUUUCUCUUUCUCUUUCUCAUGUGGUGAAACAAAAUUGGGCCAAAUUAGAAGCUGAAAGGUGGUUAUAUAAAAGUGGUUUAUUACAAUGGCUUAUUCUUCUUGUUGUGGGACAUUAUUUUAAAGUUGGAUCUUCCUAUUUUGCCCUUGUAUGGCUUGUCUCCCCAGCUUUUGCUUAUGGAUUGCUUGAAGCAACUUUAUCCCCAAAUCGAGCACCAAAGGCACUUAAAACAAUAACAUUGAUUUUUGGAUUAUUUAUACCAUUUUUAAUCUCUGGUGGCAUGUUUGUUCGAUUGGCAGGGACAGUUGUUGGUAUGGGUGUUCGUUUUGACAGGAAUCCUGGAGGGAAUCCAGAGUGGUUAGGGAGUUUACUACUUGCUGUGUACAUAUCAGCUGUUGUAUGCCUUUCAUUGGUGUACCUCCUUUCAUACAUACACAUAUCAGGUGCAAAGAAAUUCAUUGCAAUUGGAAGCUUCAUUGUGUUUGGCCUUUCAUUAACAUCAGUUAUAUCUGGAAUCAUCCCACCAUUCACUGAAGACAUUUCAAGAGCAGUAAAUGUUGUUCAUGUUGUGGACACAUCAGCAAACAAAGAACCAAGUUCUUAUAUUUCAUUGUUUUCAACUACCCCUGGAAAGUUAACAAAGGAGAUUGAACAUAUUGGUGAAGGGUUUGAAUGUGGAAGAGAAAAAGUUAUUGAUUUUGUCACUUUCACUGCUUCAUAUAGUUGUUGGACCGAGGGCAAUUCGGUAAAUGGAUGGAGUAAAUCAGAUAUUCCAACAUUAAAUGUAGAAAAUGAUAAUUCAACAACAGAUGAAAGACUUACACAAGUUACAAUCGAUACUAAAGAGUCAACACGUUGGUCUCUUGCAAUCAAUACUAAUAAAAUAGAAGAUUUUCGACUCAAAGAUGGUGAAAAUGGGGAGGAACUGAUACAAACUGGGACGAAAAGUAGUGCUGAUGGAUGGCAUAUUAUUCAGUAUUCUGGAGGGAAGAAUGCUUCUAGAAGAUUUGGUUUGACACUUUAUUGGGGUAAAAAUGGAACUCAGGUGGAAAAUGAUGAGAAUGAGCUUUUGUUGAAAUUAAGGACAGAUGUUGAUAGGUUGACUCCAAAAGUCAAAAGGGUUCUUGAGAAGCUUCCUUCAUGGUGCUCAUUGUUUGGGAAGUCAACGUCUCCACAUACCUUAGCUUUCAUAAGUAACCUCCGUGUUAAUUUCUGAUUAACCAUACAAAUUUAAACUUUGAUAUCGAUUUCUAGGAAAGUUUUUUUGAUUGUUGAUAGGUAAAUUUAUGCUCAGAAUCUUGUCGACUGAUAUUAUGUUUAGACUAUAGUUUUGGAUGUUCAACAUGAUUGUUUGAUGUUCGAUUGUUGUCUAUAUAACUAUGAUACAAACUUGCCAUAAGGGAGAGGUUUAUUUUUUAAAAUAAGCAAGGAUCUUUUGUAA